AAUUGCCUUCUCUUUCCUGGAGUGUGAGGACAAGUUGGGGCCCACUACGCAUGCGCCGUCUUCGAACCUGAUCGGAAGGUUUCAUGGAGAGCGGUCGCCGGAGUCAGCGAGAACGGGCACUCGGCGCAUGCGCCCUCGCGUGCUUCGCGGCCACAGGCGGCAGAGGGGAAGAUGGCGGCGAUGGUACAGAAUGUGGUGAAGCUCCUUGGUGAACAAUAUUACAAGGAUGCAAUGGAGCAGUGUCACAAUUAUAACGCCCGGCUGUGUGCUGAAAGAAGUGUCCGAUUACCGUUCCUGGAUUCGCAGACUGGGGUGGCGCAGAGUAACUGCUACAUUUGGAUGGAGAAGCGGCACAGGGGACCAGGUUUGGCAUCUGGCCAGCUCUAUUCUUAUCCGGCUCGACGCUGGCGGAAAAAACGCCGUUCCCAUCCUCCAGAGGAUCCAAGACUUUCUUUCCCUACCAUUAAACCAGACACUGAGCAGGCCCUAAAGAAAGAAGGCUUAAUCUCUCAAGAUGGCAGCAGUUUGGAGGCCCUCUUAAGGACAGACCCCCUUGAGAAACGCAGCUUGCCUGACCCUCGUACCGAUGAAGACAGCCUCAGCGAGUUCCCCGUUGCCAAUAGCCGCACCCGGAAGCGAAUCCUGGAACCCGAUGACUUCCUGGAUGAUCUGGAUGAUGAAGAUUACGAGGAAGACACCCCAAAACGACGAGGCAAAGGAAAGGCGAAGGGUAAAGGAGUUGGGAGCGCUCGGAAAAAGCUGGAUGCAGCCAUUUUGGAAGACAGAGACAAACCUUACGCAUGCGACAAUAGUUACAAACAAAAGCAUACCUCCAAACCUCCUGAACGAGUCUGUGGGAAACGCUACAAGAAUCGUCCCGGCCUGAGCUACCACUACGCUCACUGUCACCUGGCAGAAGAAGAAGGGGAAGACAAGGAGGACUCGCAGCCCCCCACCCCCGUCUCCCAGAGAUCAGAGGAGCAGAAAACCAAGAAGGGUCCCGAUGGUUUGGCCCUGCCCAAUAAUUACUGCGACUUCUGCCUGGGAGACUCGAAGAUCAACAAGAAGACGGGUCAACCCGAAGAGCUGGUUUCGUGCUCGGACUGCGGGCGAUCAGGGCAUCCAUCUUGCUUGCAGUUCACCCCAGUCAUGAUGGCUGCCGUGAAGACCUACCGCUGGCAGUGUAUUGAAUGCAAGUGCUGUAACAUCUGCGGCACCUCGGAGAACGAUGACCAGCUGCUGUUCUGUGAUGAUUGUGACCGUGGUUAUCAUAUGUACUGCCUCACCCCACCUAUGUCUGAACCCCCAGAAGGAAGCUGGAGCUGCCACCUCUGCCUGGAUUUGCUGAAGGAGAAAGCCUCAAUCUUCCAGAACCAGAAUGCCUCCUGAUGGCUUUUCAGUCUUCGAUGAGAACCUUCACUUGUCCAGGCUCUCUCUUGGGCUUCUAAUCUUUCUCCUGCUGCCCACUUCCCACUUUGGGUCAGUGUCUCCCUUAUUGGUUGGAUCACACAUCCGCACGCAGACACAAACACACUCACACCUCUGCCUCACCGCCUCUCCUUCUGUCAUUCCCCCUGCCUCCUCUCUGGCAGUUGGGGCUUCCCUCCUUCCUUAACCUUUACCUAAGAAUUUUGAGACCCUUUCCUCAAAAAUAAUAACAAUACUCCAGCAUCCAUGAUAGGCUGAGGAGCACCACAGCUGGCCUGGGAGCAUAAAUGCUCCUUCUUUUCUCACUAACAAGGUCUCGGACUGACACCCAGCUUGAGGACUUUGUUUGUACAAGCGAGACCGGAAGCAAAAAGAAAAGAAAACCUAUUGAAUCGUUUUUUACUGAUUUUUUCCAUCUGCUUCCUCUGUUCAGCCCCAUUGCAGUGGUCUGGGCUGUCUCGUGCUUCUAAACUUCACUUGUCCCUUCGUCCCUGUAAGAAACCUUUAUUUUACACACACACCCCUAACGUGGUUCAGAAGUGGCACCACAGCAGCCUUUGAGAGGAUCAUGGGUGGCAUGGAAACCCAAAUCAAAGGCAUCCUCCAGGCUUGGCCCAAGCAAGCGCGACGGCAAAGUAACUCAGUUUGCCUCGUUCAAAACAAUCAUCUCAAAACUCUGCCAAAUUCGUGUCUUGGAUGAGUUAGGAAAGUCCUGCACGGUUUAAUCUUUCUCCUCUCCAAAUUUCUUAAAUAUGGGGCUUGGGUACCAAUCCCACAUGCGUCGAUCCAUCCAUGUUUCAAGACGCUUUCUUCCUCGGGAGGUCCAUUUGUGCAUAUGUUGGUGUGCGCGGGCAUUUAAAGCUCCCUCAGGCUUUUAACACACCGGAGUUAAUCCCUUCAUUCGGGGAGUCUGCCGGGAUGCGUAAGUUGUGCGGAAGAUUUGGAGGGUUGGUGAUUCGUUGGGCAACUUUUGGGUGGAUGCUGACUCUAAAACGGGUGCCCAACCUUGGCAACUUUAAGACCUGUGGACUUUAACUCCCAGAAUUCCCCAGCCAGCAUAGCUGUUGGGAAUU